AUGAAUCCAAACACGCCGCCAUCACCGGCGCUUACAAAGGUCGAGUUCCUGCCCGCGGGAUUCCACGAAUUGUUGCAACACAACGCUUCUGCGAACUUUCCCCGCGAACUCGAGCCAAACCGGGCGCACUCGCAACCUGUUUCCAGAUACGGAACACCAGGCCCAACACAACCCUCCCCGAAGUUCGACGCAUCCAUGGCGUACCAACAGCGCGGAGGUAGUGGCGAGCUCGUAGGGAAACAACAAAUCUCGGGCGCGCCGCGGCGGCUAACGGAUCUGCAGGACGUUUACCACCAGCAAGCCAUGUAUUCGCACGACGCUAGUGCCUAUGGCCCCAUUCCACAGCCUAGUCAGCCAUAUGGGACGCCGGCAACUUCUCCGCCCACGCCUCGAGCAUCCGAUCUUGUGGGAACUCGGAGCGGAAACCCGGCGCAUGGUAAUUUCAAGGUCCUGGGGCCGAAAGCUGCCCGAAUCGAGAAAGCCACGUCGAGCAAAAAGAAAACCGGCCGAAUCGACCGGCCCGACAAGUCCAAAGGCGUGAAAAACAUGCCGCACCUUGACAAGCCCUUGAGCGAGUUGACCAAGGACUUUGAGACUCCGAUUUUCGACAUUGAAGCAUUCGUGCAUCGUCCCAUCGAAGUUCGCCAGCAAGAGGUCGACUCGGGAAAGAAUCCCGGUAAAGUGAAGAGGCCCAUGAACGCAUUCAUGCUGUACCGGAAGGCGAUGCAGGCCCGCGCCAAAGAAUGGGCGGCUCAGUACAACCACCAGGUGAUCUCGCGAAUUGCGGGACAGAGCUGGCCGAUGGAACCUGAACAUAUCCGCGAGCAGUUCAAGCGAUGGGCCGAAAUUGAGCGCGAUAACCAUCAGAAGGCGUUUCCUAACUACAAGUUCACGCCGUCCAAGCCCCAAAAGCCCGCAAAGAACGAGGGAAGGUAUGACGACAGCGAAGGCUCGGACCUGGACGAAUAUGACUGGACCGGGAGGUCGGCGUCGCGGGUGCGGACGGUGACCAACACGCCCCAUGAUGAGGCCGACUACCUCCACGACCAGCCGAUGUAUCCGGCUACCCAUCCGCACCCAUACCAGCUCGAGGGGCUUCAUGGGCUUAGCAUGAUGCAUCAGAACAAAACCGGUCUCAGCUUUGGUUCGCCGACAAAAUCCAUUGGAGCUUCAUGUGAGCACCGAGACCUCCAUUCAGGGCAGUAUUAUGAUACCCAUAUUCGCACGCCGCGAAGGCACUUGCCCCAUGGCCUCAUCGACGAGGCUUUGAUGCGGAAGACCCCAUCCCCCAGCCUAGCGUUCACGCCUAACAACGCCGGGCUUCACCAACAGUUCGACUUUAAUCAAUACCAGACCAAGAUCGAGCAUGCUGCGCAGUCCCAGAUGCAACGCCAGCAGACGCACACGCAGCCGCAGCACCAUGGCGCCCAAUUUGAGACACGCAUCGAUCCAUCCCUGAUACCUGGGGAAGAAGGCUUGUUUGAGACGGGAAACUUCAACGUCGCCAACAUGUAUGACUGCGGGCUCGGCGAGACCGCCCACCAGGCGUGGCACAAUGCGCAGCUGACAUCCGGGAACGAGUCGGACAGCCAGUUUUCCCAUGCCAUCAUGGGGCUGGAGGAGACGCUGUCACUCGAGCAGCACACCCAGUUCCUAAGGGGCGCCGAUGACUGGCAGACCGAGCCACUUCCGGAAGCGGCCGAGUUUGACAUGAGCUGGGUUGAACCAAAAUCCGAAGCUCCGUAA